AUGGUUGAGUCCGCAUUCUUCGAUCCACUGUUCACUAUUUUUCAAAAGGAUGAUCCUCUGCUACAACUUAACUCCAUCGCUGUGUUGAAGUUGUUAGUCACUUUUCAAGAAGGUCGCUCAUUCCUCCAGUCGAAGGGAACGAUUACAGCAUUAUUGUCAACUCUUCAGUCCAUAGAAGAAAAUCCUCUGUGCGACUUGGUUUUACCGGGGUAUCUUACUUUCUUUGGAGCGUUGGCUGCAAGCGAACCACUUCGAUUCUUGGGUACCUCGUCUACUUUGUCUCCCCUUACAAGUCGCCUCUCAAUUUCCCUUUCCUCGCCUAAUCCGACCAUUUUGCUAGCGGCUUUGGAGGCCAUAUCUUUUAUUUGCAGGACAUCUGAUGGAAAAAUGGCUGUUGCCCCUCACCUAGAACCCGACGGUUGUCUUGCUCUAACGUUAUCGAAAUUAAGUGGCCUGAUACAGAAUUCGUCGACGGAACUACUUCCUCGGAUCCUUAGCAUCAUGUCUGACCUUUUGCGCCUACCUCGCAGCGGUGAAGUUAGUGAUAUUCUGCCCGCCGCUCAGGUAACAUGGAACUGGUUCACCAAAAUUAGCAAUCCUGUGUCACCCGCUCGCCUCCUUGUUCGUAUUUGGAACCUCGCAAGACAACCCUUCCGUGACGUCCGUUUGGGUGCGUUCCAGCUUCUCGAAGCCAUCGCGACUGGACCAUGGGGAAUCACGUUAUUUGUUGAGCAGCCAGGAUUUAUUGAAUAUCUUCUUAAUCGAAGCACAGAGCUUGGCACAGCCACCGACGAUCCAAGCCUACAACCGGCCAAAUUUGCUGUUGUCAGUCAGUGCCAAAAGACACAACAACGCUGGAAUGGGGCCUGUCCCCAAUGGCCCAUGAUGGACGACAUAACAUCACAACAGGUCGACACGUACGUCAAAGAAGGCGUAUGGGGAUCUAUCCAAGCGCAAGCUGCAGUUGCCAUGGAGCAAGGAUGA